AUUUGGUAAGACCCGGUACCACUCCUGGUUCAAGCUUCGUUCGGUCAACAUCCACUCGUACCAGACGAUCAACAAUGGCGGACCUCAGCGGCAAGGAUGUCGAAAAGGCAGAAUUCGCCUUUUCCAUUUUCGACGAAGACGGAUCCAACACCAUCGACGCGGUCAAUCUUGGCAACAUCCUUCGCGCGUUGAACUUGAACCCCACGAACGCGACUAUCGAGAAGAUGGGUGGUACGAAGAAGAAGGGCGAGAAGAAACUGAAACUAGACGAGUUCCUGCCCAUCUUCAGUCAGUGCAAAAAAGACAAGGAACAGGGUUGUUACGAGGACUUCCUGGAGUGUUUGAAAUUGUACGACAAACAGGAAGACGGAACCAUGCUCGCCGCGGAAUUGUCCCACACACUUCUGACGCUUGGUGAACGUCUCACUGACGCGGAAGUCGACACAGUAUUAAAGGACUGCAUGGAUCCAGAGGACGACGACGGUUUCAUCCCCUAUGCCCCCUUCUUGAAGAAGAUGAUGGUGCCGUUGUAAGCGGUCAAGGUGUUACGGAAAACAAUUUUCAUCCAUCCAUUUCUUCGUCGACUGUGUGAAAGAGCAGCGGCGGGACAAGAUGAGUAAAACGAUCGUCGUCGAUGUCCACGCCACGCUUCGCAUCGCAACGAGGAAUCACACAUUCGCCAUUUUCGCAUCAUCACAUUCGUCACAGUUCUCAUUCUACCCUUUUCCCGCUCGCAUCAUGUCGCCCGCGAUCAUGCGAGGAGAUCCACUUGACCAAAUUUGCACGUAAAAACAAAAACCGCAUCGUCGAGAAAAGCAUUUGAUCGAAAGGGAAGAAACAACAGAGAAGAAAAGCCCACGAACGUCAUUUGAGUACAAAAAAAAAAAAAAAA